UCUCUCUCUCUCUCUCUCUUUGUUCUUUCUUUCCUCUCCCUUUGAUUCCAGUUUCAAUCUUAACAACAAAAUAGAAAAUGAGUUGGUGGUGGGCAGGAGCGAUUGGUGCUGCUAAGAAGAAGUUGGAUGGAGAUGAAAGUCAUUCAAAGGAAAAGCACGAGAGCGUAGGGCUAGUCAUCGGGGUUACUGGAAUCGUCGGCAACAGUCUAGCUGAGAUUCUCCCUCUUCCCGACACCCCUGGUGGUCCUUGGAAGGUCUAUGGAGUCGCUCGCCGCCCUCGUCCUUCCUGGAACGCUGACCAUCCAGUUGAAUACAUCCAAUGCGAUGUCUCCGACGCCCAAGAUACCCUGGCCAAGCUUUCCCCUCUCACCGACGUUACCCACAUCUUCUACGUCACCUGGGCCGAUCGAGGUAACGAAUCUGCAAAUUGUGAGAUCAACGGUGCUAUGUUCCACAACGUCCUUCGAGCUGUGAUUCCCAACGCCCCCAAUCUCCAACACAUAUGCCUGCAAACAGGCACCAAGCACUACCUGGGCGCCUUUGAAGAUUUGAUUUCAGGCACCGCUCGUCCUCACGAUCCUCCCUUCGAUGACGAUCUCCCUCGCCUGCCUACCCCCAAUUUCUACUACACUUUAGAGGAUAUUCUCUUAGAAGAGGUCGAGAAGAAGGAUAGCUUGACGUGGUCUGUCCUUCGCCCUGGUGUCAUCUUCGGCUUCUCACCUUUCAGCUUGAUGAACAUCAUCGGAACUCUCUGCGUCUAUGCCGCUAUCUGUAAACACGAAGGCAAGCCUCUCAGGUUCCCUGGGACUCGAUCUGCCUGGGAUCUUUACGCUGAGGCUUCCGAUGCCGAUUUGAUCGCCGAGCAUCACAUUUGGGCGUCUGUCGAUCCUUAUGCGAAGAACGAAGCUUUCAAUUGCGUCAACGGAGAUGUGUUCAAGUGGAAACAUCUCUGGAAAGCUCUUGCAGAGCAAUUCGGGAUGGAUUGUCCAUCUGAAUACGAAGAGGGGGUUCCCUCCUUUGCGGAGUUAAUGAAGGGCAAGGGACCUGUGUGGGACGAGAUCGUCAAGGAGCACGAGCUAUUGCCUACUAAACUGGAGGAUGUCGGGCUAUGGUGGUUCGCAGAUGUUACCCUUAGGGUUCAAGAAUCGUUUUUGAGCUCCAUGAACAAGAGCAAAGAACAUGGCUUUGUGGGUUUCAGGAACUCCACCAAAUCUUUUGUUUCGUGGAUAGACAAGAUGAAGGCGUUCAAGCUCGUUCCUUAGUCUGAAAUUG